AUUGAACAAAUUGGGUGCUACCCGAUCACCGCGAACACUCCAGCCUCUUAUCUGCUCGUGUUCAUGUGGCCCUUUAUUUUUGGUAUCGCAUCAGCGAUCUAUGUCUGCCUGACACUUCGUAUCGCGCUGAGACGAAACUCGUUUAUCAACGAGACGCUCCGAGACAGUAAACACAUGACCACUGGGCAGUAUUGGUGCCUUAUGGCGUGGAUUUCCUUGGUCAUCCUCUGCACCAUCCCUCUGGGGCUCUCCAAUAUCGUCAUCAGCUCUAGCGGCGACAUGGUUUCAUACGUAGUUGUUGGUGAUAUUCCAACAUACUCUGCGGCCCAAUGGCGAAGCUUCCCUGCGGAGCGGAUAUUGCUGGAGUUGGCUCGGUGGAUCUAUCCCAUAUGCGCUUUCAUUAUGUUUACGUGCUUUGGGUUUGAUCGAAGGGCUUUGAAGUUCUACCGGAAGGCGCAGGAGGUGUUCCGGGAGAUUGGGAGCAUCGUUGCUGACGGGCUGUCAAUAUGGUUUUCGGUAACGUUCUCACCCAAGACAGGGUAA